AUGAUGUUGCCACAUGAGUUAAACUAUUCCGUGAUUGAGAAGAUGUGCCUCGCCCUCGUCUUCGCAAUCCAAAAGAUGCAGCACUAUUUUCAAGCUCAUACAGUGCAUCUCAUCUCCAAGGCUAAUCCAAUCAAAUAUGUCAUGUCAAAGCCAGUCCUCUCUAAUCGAUUAGCAAGAUGGUCACUCAUUUUCCAACAAUACGAGAUCAUCUAUGUGCCGCAAAAAGCCGUUAAAGGGCAAGCUCUGGCCGACUUCUUGGCAGACCAUCCUAUACCAGCCGAAUGGGAGUUGUCUGAAGAAUUGCCAGAUGAGGACGUUAUGGUAGUAGAAGUUUGUCCCCCUUGGACAAUGUACUUUGAUGGCGCGUCUCAUCGAAGUGGAGCAGGUGCUGGUGUAGUAUUUAUUUCCCCAGAAGGAGAUGUAUUGCCUUAUGCUUUCACCCUCACACAAAACUGUUCAAACAAUGAAGCCGAGUACCAAGCUCUCAUUCUUGGACUGGAGAUGGCAGUUGAAGCAAAGCAUCUGCAACUCAAGGUAUAUGGAGACUCAAUGUUGAUCAUCAACCAACUCCUCGACAUCUAUGAAGUGAAGAAGCUUGAGCUCAUGCCUUUCAAUAACUACGCACGUCGCUUGAUUGCAUGGCUUGGUGGUGUCACUCUGGAACAUGUACCGCGAGGCAAAAAUAGGCAAGCAAACGCACUUGCAAAGCUUGCUUCUACACUUACUUUCCCUGACCAAGAGAUGCACGUUCCAAUAUGCUGA